GUCAACCAGUCUGAAGUCUACUCCUAAGGCCAACCAGGCACGAAUCAACUGGGCAUGAACCAAUCAGGCAUGAACCAAUCAAGCUUACCAGACAUGAAUCAACCAGGCACCAGCCAGCCCAGCACGAGCUUACUUGGUAUGAACCAACUGGACAUGAACCAACCGGACACGAAUCAACCAAGCACAAGCCUACCUGACACCAACCAACUGGGCAUGAAACAACCGGGCAGGAGCCAAUCCGGCAUGAGGCAACCAGGUAUGAACCAACUAGUCCCGAGCCAACCAGGCAUUUGGCAACCAGUCAUGAGCCAAUCAUGCAGUAGCCAAUCAGGCAUGAGUCAACUGCAACCGUACCCGAGUCAAGCCAGCACAAGUCAACCAUAUGCGAGGCAACCAGGCCCAAGCCAAUUAGGCCUGAGUGAACCAGGCAUGAGGCAAUCAUACUCGAGCCAAUCCAGCACAAGUCAGCUAGGCAUGAAGCAAUCAGGCCUGAGCCAAUCAAGCAUAAGUCAGCCAGGCACGAGCCAAUCAGGCAUGAGUCAACUAAGCCUGAGGCAACUAGGCUGGAGCCAAUCAGGCACGAGUCAACCAGGCCCAAGCCAAUCAGGCACAAGCCAAAGAAGCAGGAGCCCAGCAGGCAUGUUGCAACCAGGUCCUUGCCAACCAGGCGUGAGGCAAUCAAGCUUGAGGCAACCAGGCAGGAGCCAAUCAGGCACGAGGCAACCAAGCAUGAACUCUUUCCGAGUAAGACCUGCGGAGGCUCGAGACUGCCCAGAAAUCCUGCGCCUAAUUAAAGAAUUGGCUGCCUGUGAAAACAUGCUAGAUGCAGUGAAGUUAACAGCAUUGGAUUUACUCAGGGAUGGCUUUGGGGACAAUCCCCUUUUCUACUGCUUAAUUGCAGAAGUACAGAGUCAACAAAAACCAUCAGGCAAAGUAACCAUUGGAUUUGCCAUGUACUACUUUACAUACGACCCCUGGAUUGGCAAGUUACUUUACCUAGAAGACUUUUAUGUCAUACAAGCUUACCGAGGUCUAGGUAUUGGGGCUGAAAUGUUGAAGAGGCUAAGUCAGAUAGCCAUCAGAAGCCACUGUAACUGCAUGCACUUUCUUGUCGUCAUUUGGAACCAGGCUUCUAUUGACUACUACACUCGUCGAGGGGCUUUAGACCUUUCCUCUGAGGAGGGCUGGCAUCUGUUCAGGUUUAACAGAGAAGAACUCAUGGACAUGGCAGGGGAACAGUGAAAGAUGACUCAUCACAACUUGUCCCAACAACACAGGCUCCCACAUUUGAAUGUCACCUGAGUCCAACAAAAGUUUGACUUUGAGUGUUGUACAAUACAGCAAGUGACCAAACUCUGGUUUGAACAGAUCUUUUACUUUGAAACAUAUUUUGCAGAUACAGUCAACUCUCCAUUAUCCAAAAUAAUAUACUAAUGGCUAGUAGCAGAGCUGAUGAUUCAAGAGUAGAUAAUUCAAAAAUCACUUAUACUUGGCUUUAGGAUAUUUAUUUUUUGCCUACCACAUCUCACUAAAUUUAAGAUGCUUAUAUUUUCACAUCUUAACAUAUCUGACAUUGGGAUAACUAUAAUGACCAACUGGCAGUACUUUUUUCUUAGCGGUAAGUAAUGUGUCUUAGAUUUGAUGAAAAAUGAGUGUGUUUGAUUAUAAACAGAUCUGAGGUACAAAAAAUUUACUUAAAAUACUGAAGCUAAAUUAUGAAGAGCUUACUUAUGAAAAACUAGUAAAUGAACUGCUUCCCCACCUUGAGCAGCUCAAGUACCACUGCCUCCUUGACAUCAUCCCAGAACUACAUUCCAUCUCUGAACAUCUACUUCUCUUUGGUUGUACCUAUCUUAGGGCAGAUACUACAUAUAACACUGUAUUUGUACAUGUUUCUAUCCUUUCUAGUAGAAUAUAAGCCCUUUGAUAGAAUUAUAAUUAUUUUUACAUCCUGUGUUACAACCAGCACGGUAGAACAUAUAAGUUCCUACUAUGUACCAGGUAUUUUGUGGGCAUAAAAGCUACAGAAAGAUGAUUCAGUCAUACCCACAAGGAGCCGUGUCUGUGAAAAAAAUACUAGUUUUAAUUUUAUAAUAAAUUGUAUGGGCUAUGAUAGCUAUAAAUACCAAGUGUGAGGGAAUAUAGAGAGAGCAUCUAAAUCCUACCUUGGAGAACUGAGAAAGGUGACACUGGAAUUGGGUUUGAAGAAUGAACAAGAAGUUAGAAUAUAGAGCAGGAUGAGACAGAAAAAAAUUCUAAGAUGAGACACCAGCAUAGGCAGAGAAAAAGAGACACAAAAGAACAAAGCAUGUCCAAGAAGCAAGUGCUAUGUUACAGAUAAAAUAUAACAUACAUUGGCAGCAGGGUGGGUGGGGAGAGAGAAGAUAGGAUUAAAGUUGAGCUGGGAUCAUAUAUGAAGGGCCUUAUAUGUCAUACUAAGGAGUCUUGAUUUGAUUCUGUAGGCAAUGACGAACCACUGAAGUUUUCAGAAAGACAACUAUCCACAAUAGUUGUUAGACAACUAUUUCAUAAUAAUAUGACAGAUGGGUUAGAAGAAUAGGGUAGCAGACACUGUAUGUUAACUCAAACUCAACACCCAUUCCAAGUCCCUUACCCCUUGCCUUCCUCAUGAUAGAAAAAAAUAUGUUUUAUGUUUUGCCAAUCCUCAUUGCGCUAAGUGUGGCUACAUGACAAGUUCUGGUCAAGAUAUAGACAGAAGUCUUUUGAGAGGGGUUCUAAGAAAGCAUUUACUUUUCUGAUAAAAAGAGGUCAGAAGCAUCUGGUACACAGUUUGCCCUAACCCUUCUUCAUGCUUUGAAUGUGUAUAUGCUCCCCAUAGGUACAGCAGCCAUUUUGUGACUAUGAGGUGAUAAAUCAACAUGCUAAAGAGCAGAGUGGAAAGAGAAAAAGUCUAGGUCCUUGAUGGCACCAAUGAGCCACUGUACCAACCCUGUACAACCUAAUUCCAGACUUUAAAUAGACUCUUAUUUAUUUAAGCUAAUGUUACCUGGUUUACUGUUACUUGCAAAUAGAACACAUUCUGAAGUGACAGGAAGCAAGAGUGAUGGCAGGCAGAUUAACCAGAAGGCUACUGUAAUAAUCCAGGAAAGUGAUGAUAAAGACUUAAAUGAGAACAAGGAUUAGAGAAGGUAGAAUAGGUUUGAGAAACAGAGAUUAGGGCAGAGAG